AUGACAUUCCAUGAAAGUUUACCACUUUCAUUUGGCAAAAAACAAAUUCCACCAAUACGGUCACAAUUUCAUUUAGAUUUACUGCUAAAAUUUUUAUUAAUUUUAGUGAUAGUAUUUGUAACUUUAAUGGGAUUUUCAUCCAUAAUGUUUGCAUUUCCCAAUGAACAUAAUAAUACCAUUCAAAAGACUGUAUAUAAUUCAAAUUCAAAAAAUUCCACUCUUUUAGAAAAUAAUGUUUUAUUUUUUAUAGAUGAUGAUUUAACUGCGACAAAAUUCAAACCUAUUUUUUGUCAAUUAUCAAAAAACCGAAACAUGAACGUUCAUGUUAUAACUUUGUCAAAAAAUUUUAAUGUUUAUAAUGAAAUUAUUCAUAAAAGGUCAAAAAGAUGUAAUGUGAUAUUACACGAUUUAGAUGAUUAUAGAGGUUCUUUUGAGGAGAAAAUGGAUUCUUUGUCAUUAGUAUUUCAAGGAAUAAAUAAUAUUUUAAACAAAAUUCACCCUGAUGUUUUCAUUUAUUCUAAAAAUUUGGAAAGUUGGGUUAUAAGAGGUGUUGAUGCUGCUUUAUCUGCCAAUUCUGAUUUGUUGAAAUUCACCACCAUUAAGAUUCCUUUAGAUGAAGUUGAUCAUUUAACCUGGAUAGCUGAUUUAUCAAUCGAAUCACUUAAAAUGAUUACACAAGAUAGACCAGACUCAUUGUCUAGAUUAAUUAGAUCCUUAAAAUCAUCAUAUUUUUUGGGUGAUGAUAUUUCACUCACAAUUAAUAUGGAUCGUGGUGCAGAUCCCGUGACCAUCGAAUAUUGUCGAACAUUGGAAUGGAAGUUUGGUCAAAAGAAUCUUCGUCACCGAGUUGUUCAAGGCGGAUUGAUGGCAGCAAUUGUAGAAUCAUAUUAUCCUAUUGAUGACAAUGAUUAUGCUGUAUUAUUAGAGGAUGAUAUUGAACUUUCACCUUACUUUUAUAUCUGGUCUAAAUACAAUGUAUUAAAAUAUCGUUAUGGAGCUGAACGUAGUUCGAGUGGUCGUUUAUUUGGAGUUAGUUUAUAUAAUGGUAGAGUUAAUGAAUUAUUUAUACCCGGUAGAAAGGCUUUUGAUCCUCAACAAAUAUUAGAGGGUACAAAUUAUCCACUACAAACACCAUAUCUUUCACAAAUUCCUUGUAGUUGGGGAGCUGUUUAUUUUCCCGAAAUUUGGCGCGAAUUCCACGAUUAUUUUACAUCUCGUCUUCAUGACGUUAAUGGUCUGGGUGUUCAAAACAUCUCUAUUCCUGAAACAAGAUCUAAUGGAUGGAACAAUUCUUGGAAAAGAUUUUUUAUAGAACUUGCAUAUUUACGAGGUUACGUAAUGAUUUAUCCAAAUUAUGAAAAUUUUGUCAGCUUUUCAACAAAUCAUGCUGAAAUGGGAACCCAUAUUCAUCUGGAUCAGGGUGAAUCAUAUCCAACUGGUGUUUUUGAUAUGCCUUUGAUGGAUGAGGAUAAUAUAUUAACCGGUUUACCUGAUCACAAACUACCCAAUUACUCGGAUCUGCCUUCCAUGGAUUUAACAGGAAAUUUGGUUACGAACGAAGAAUUAGUUCAACGUGGUCUUUCAUUACAUUUGGAAGUUUCAAAAUGUCCACCAAAUGAAGAACUCAUAUAUAUUCCAUAUGACAUGUUAUGCUUGGAUGAGGAGGCAAAACAAAAUGCUACUGAUAGGUUGUUAGAGAUAAAAAGUAAAAAGGAUAAAAUAAGCGCUGCUGUAAGAUUAAUUUAUAGUAGCAACAUAACUGAUGUAAUUAAUCUUGAACCAAGUGAUAUCUAUGUUGCCGCUAGUGAAUAUUUAAAAAAAAAAAAAACAUUUUCUGAUACCUCUGAUACCUCUGAUACUUCUGAUACAGAUCAAGCUAUAAUUAAUUUAGAUCUACAAAAUACUAUUAGAUUACUAUUAGAUUAUGAUUAUUAA